AGCGAUUUGUCGUCAAACAGAAUCAAGAACAUUACACGUGGCCUAUUUUUCAACAAUAAACGUCUUCGCAUUAUGUGAGUUUAUUUUACUUUUGUUAUUUGAAAACGAAGCAGUCAUAUAUCUUAUCCGGGGUGACUACUCCAAACAUUUCGGUAAUCGAACUAUCGAACGAUCGGUGCUAUUGAGUUUAGUAAUCGAUCAUGAUAAUAGAAGAGAGUGAAUGAGAGAGAGAAUGAUCCGCCAUUUGCAGAGAGGAGAAUUUUCCCUGUAUCCUUUUGGAAGGUUUGCCCUUUCUGGGAACGAUGCGGAUAUAGUUGAAAGUUUUCAAGUAGAGGUUGUCUGUAGAAAAAUCAAGUACAAGUCACAGUACCGUCAAUAUUUUUUCACUGGCUUCAUAGAGCAAUUAUCUGAGUAAGCGAGGAUAGGAAAGUUUGGGGAACAUCCGAACUGAAACCUCGAUAAAUAAAGCUCAUGCAUUGGCAGUUUGGCACCAUUUUCGUGUGCAGAAAUUCUCGUUACUAAUUAACCUUUGAAGACUGAGAAAUGGAAUAAACUUGACUGGUACACUAAAAAAGGAAAGAAACACUUUUCUUCUGGUUUACGUAUCUCAAUCCCAAUUUUCAUCCCCGUUAAUAAGCUUAAAAAAAUGGCUGUACGCAAGAUCGAAUGGCGAGAGGACACCAUCGUAGGUUACUGAAGUUUCGAGUUUUAUUUCUUACCUUUUUGCUAGAUUUCUGGUAAUACUUAGGCUACUGUUAAGCUUGAUAGUCCUAUAAAUAGUACUAAUAAUAGCUGAUAAUGUUGCUUUAAAGACACUCAACUUACCCAAGAUACUGUAGUAUACAUAAGGUUACAAGUAUUACAAGUGCACACAAUUUACUAGGAAGAAAAGAAGAUUGUGAAACUGAUGCGAGGUUUAAUAAUCCAUUCCUCAACUAGCAUCAGCAUCUCCACUUUUCACUAUAUGUUUAUUAUAAAAUGUGAACCUCCUUACACAGAUCAAGACAGUUGAUGUCUUUUUAUCGUAACUAUCAUUUCCUUGAAUAGGCUUAUUUCCUUUUGCAAAACAUUGCUUUUUUUAGUUCUUCAGUACGGCUUAAAAGGGCAAAUUAAUACUACUUGCUUUUAACGUGACAUUUGAUUAACUGGAAAUUUUACAUCUUAGAGUAAAGAAGAGAGACCAUGUUUAGCUACCCUAAUAAAAGAGUAUGAAUGAAACAUUUCUUCGGGCUACUUAUUGUUCAAGGUUUUAAAUAGUUUAGUUUUCAAUGUAGUUCAAUGACUCUUACGGUGUUUAUGUUUGUUACGUCAGGUACCAUGAGAGAGGGGGUGCCAAGAAAAAUAUCAAAUAAUUCAAUGACCACAACAUCGGUUCACUGACCACAAAUCAAUUCAAUAAUCCUCGUUUCAUUCCAUAAACUAAUCUGAACUGCAUCAUAGAGUUGCAGGUGCGAUUUAAGGCAAUGAGGGAAAGGGUGUGGGUUUUAAAGACAGUGGUGGACUAUGAACAUAUUUAAGUUGUGUUUCGUGCCAUCCCCUCGAGGCUGAAGUUGUCUUUAAAGUCGCAGAACUUGCAUAGUGAAGACAUGUCAGACUGGGAUGGAUAUGUUAUAAACAAAGAGAAUAAUGCCUCGUUUACUAAGUAGUCUUUAACAAUUCUUUUUUAUUAAGAUGACGAUGUGAGAGGACCAUAUGCAAAUUAGGUAGUUUUUAAACGAGAUUGAGGUUGAUAAGAUUGUAAUAAGUGGCUUGUAUUGUUUUUAUUAGUUAUAAAAGACGGCACAAGAAAAAGACAACAGACAAAAGAAAAUCAGUUUCAAUCUUCUAUGUCAGAAACUGGUGGUCAUUGAAAAAAUAUUGCUUCCAGCAUGUUUACAAUUUUACUUGGAGAUAGUAUUCUUAAAAAUCAAAACAGCUUGAUCGAGAUUGACAUUAAAUUUUCGUAGACAGAACGGCUUGGAAACUAAAAUUGUGAGGACUUUUUUUGGACCUUUAACAUUUAGGGCAUGAAUUUUUCGUCAUUGUAGGCCAUGGAGCUUAAAAAUGAGUCUAGCUAGCCGUAAAAAAGGGGAAUUACAUCAUAGCCGGCAUGAUCAUAUGCUGUUUAAGGAAAAUUCCCUCAUCUAUGUCAGAAAAUUAUGUAUUUUUAAGCUUCCCCUAGGGCAUGAAUCAGCAACUGAGAACAUUUCUGCUACGUUUUAAGUUUUGGUUAGCAUGCAAGGAUUUUCCCCAUGCCUAUCGUCAAUGAUUUGCUCACUGGUAAUAGAAGGGUUGAUCCCAGAGUGUUUUUGCAUAUUUUGAGGUUCCGUGACCUUCUCACCAGCGCCACGAGCAGUCAGGUUCUAAUAAGAAAUUCAUACCCAGCAUGCCUUGCGUUCCAAAAUCUCCGGUAUGCCGGGCAUGCUAAAUUCUCUGGUAUGCCGAGCGUGUCAAAGUCUGCGGCACGCGGGUCAUGCUAAUAGAGAGUUUUAGAUCCGAGUUUACCGCGAACCUCUAACCGCUGGAGGUCACGUGACAAGUCUUUCGCGUCACGUUUGAGGUUUACAACGUGCGUUUUCAACGUGGGGAGCUGGGUUUUCACGUAUGUCAUUUACCUGAAAGCUUUUAGCGUACAAUUAUUGUUUCAUCCCACGUAAUGAUACAAAAAUCUUGUGGAGCAAGUCUUUAUACAUUAACAGAGGCACAAAUUCGGGCGAGAUGCUAAAUUUGAUAAAUCCUAUUGGAUCUUAAAAACAAGUGCCAUUCAUGGCUGCUGAUUCAAAAUGGCGGCCGUAAAAUUGCAAGAAGAACUAAUGUAAGAAUUUACAGCUCUUUGCUGCUAGAUAACCCAGUGUUGCCGUAAAUUUCUUUUAUUUUCACUGAUUAAUUUUUCUUCUAUUUCUAAAUGGAAUAAUAAACCAGAAUCCACUUGUUUAAUCCAUCGCCAAUCUAAAUCGAAUUAUGUUUGAACGUCGAACCGCAAACGGGUAACCGCAAACCGCGGUUAGAGGUUUGCGGUAAACUCGGAUCUAAAACUCUCUAAUAUCAGUCUCUGACAUGCUCUAAACGCACAGGUUAGUUCCUUGAAUCUACAGCUAUAUUAAGCGUGGCUAAAACAAACCAAACAGAUCGCCUUGCUUAUCUUUUGAUAUACAGGUUAUAGGUCAUUUACACGAUGACGCCAUUGCUAUUCCUUUUAUUUUUAUAAAUUUGGUAAUCCCAGCGAAGUUUAAAUAAAAAAAGCUCUAAUUUGCACAAGAAAGCAAAAUGCUGAAGUAUUCUGGUAGUAGUAAUAAAAUACCUUCAUCGUGCAGAUGACCAACUGGAAUAAGGUUGAUCUUUGAAUGCAAGCGAAGUUUUUAGUUUUUUUGAAUGAAUAAUGUUGUUUCGUUGUGCUUUUUAAAUAAAUCCAGCUUGUUCAAGAACUUCUGUCUUUAGUUUUGCCAGUCGAUCCCGUGACAUACUCCGUUGGUUGCCCCUAAAAUGGUUAAUUUUGCGCCAAAAACGAAACGCAGCCUACAUGUCUGGGGCUCUCUUCUCUACCCUACUGAGUUUUUUUAUCCCUACUACCAGGGUCUGUACGGGCAGACGCGUACGCUAACGUCAUAACCAAAUUUUAUGGCAUCGAUGGGUUCCCAUUCUCUAUAGGUUUGGGGAUCCGCUGUGCGCGCUUCGCACGCGCGGGCGCUCCCGCUAAGAGUAAACCGUCCCGGGUAGCUGUAAGAUGGCCAAGCAGAGACCCUAGGCGCCCAAGCCAGUCAGAGUUUUUGAGAAUUCGGGUAGAUCUAUACAUCACUUUAACAAUUGCUUUGGUGUGCUUGUUGCAACCUGGGAUCUCGACCCAAAGAUGCUCAAGAUCAAGUUAAAGGUUUUCAAUAUCUUUCCGGUGAUUGAAGCUGAUCUCGUUUCGAAUAUAUGAACCGACACCACCGCCCUUUAUUGAUUUUUGGUUCCGAAAAACUGUACUAUAAGCCGGCACAGACACGAAGUCCAGUAAGGCAGGAUUGUCUUCCAGCCUCGUCUCGCUUAGUGUUAUAACAUUAAUUGUAAUAAGGAAUUUAUCGAACGUCAAGACCAUGCUCUAGGUAUUAAAGGUGCAUAAUGGUGACACUGUAGAUUUAGCCUAACCGUUUUUUCACUUUCCUCACAUUUUGCGGACUUCUGUUUAGCAAGAGAUCCGGGAUUCACCGAGAUGUCUCCACCACGCAGAAGUGUCUGGCGGGAUGUAUUGGAGUUAGCGUAAUAAAAGCAAGGACAAUUAGUUCUUCUUGGCUUUUGGUGGAUAAUUCGACAGCUUCUGGGAUAAAUUAAAGAAAACACGUAUAAGCCAUUGUAUUUCCGUACGUUGACGAACAUUGCACCUUUUUCAUGUCGGUCCUGCAUCAGUGAGCUCAGGGAACAAUAAGGCUUGAUCAGACAAUACAAAACAUGGUUGCAAACGUGUGUCAUUAGCAUUGCAAAUUCUUUGCGUUGGUUUGGUGCAAGUUCAAGUACUAUGCGAGAAACAGGCUUCCAAGGCUGUUUCUAGAUAGAUAGAUAGAUAGAUAGAUAAGAACUUUAUUUUAGCACGAUAAGAAGAUCAGCAUUGCUGGUGGGCAUACAACAGUUACAAGAAAACUAAGACGUACUGAAAACAAAUGUACAAUUAAAAAUUCAAAACUGUUAAAAAUAUUUGUAACCGACAUCUCUGUUUUCAUUUGUAGCCAAAAAUAGGUUGUACAAAUGUACAAUUAAAAAUUAAAACUGUUUCUGUUUCUAGUUGUAGCUGAAAAUAGGCUCGAAAAAUGUAUUUUAUCAGUAUAAAAUUUUGCAAGACAGCGUUUGAAUUCUUUCAAGGUUUUAGCCCUGGUUUCCUUGUUCGUGAAACUGUUCUAUGCGAUUGAUCCUCUGUAGCGUAUGGAUUUUCUGAUAGAAUUCAUUUCUGGUCUUGGAAGAAUGAUGUUUUCAUUUCUUCUGCGGCCUAAAUUCCUCUGUAAAAAAACUCUUUAAAUAGCCUUUUAUACAUUUGAAGAAAAACUCCGUUAAUCGCAAUUUGUACAUUGUUUCCAAACUGUCCCACCCAGUUAGCUUUAAGACCUGUUCAGCGUUAGUGCCCCGUGGCAACCCAUAUAAAAUUCGUCCAGCCCUUGCAUGGAGUUUCUCCAGGUUGUUUAUGUGCGUCUUGUUGCACGAUCCCACACUGUCAGGCCGUAUGUAACUAAUGACAUUAUCACUUUUGUGGAAAAGUCUUCUAAUUGCUUCCAAGGGAGGAAUCGCAUGCGUCGGCGAAAACUUAACUUGGAUGCGAAUAACUUCGCUACAUUGGCAGCAUGAUCUGACCAGGACAACUUGUUAUCAGACUUGUUAUCAACGUAUACUCCAAGGAGGUUGUCCACUUUAUGAUGUUGUUGCCAAAACGAAGAGCUAGGAUAAGGCCAGUAUGUUGAUUGCCGCUGGAUUAUCAUUGCUUUACAUUUUUCCGGGUGUGGUACCAUCAAAUUUCUGUCGCAACAUUCCUGGAGUUCACCUAGAACAUUGUCUAAUGUGUUUGUUAGCAAUUCCAUCGUUUCUACGAUACAGUAUAUUGUUGGUCGUCUGCAUACGGAUACGUUUCCGCAGAGCGUAGUGAUUUUGAGAGGUCGCUUGUAAAGAACGAGAGAACGUGGGUCUGAGGACCGACCCUUGCGGCAUUCCAUGAGCUAUAACGUGUGUAUCGGAGUCGCAUCCGUUGAUUCUGACGAAAUGUUUUCUUUCUGUGAGGUAGUUCUUUAACCACAGCCAGAUAUCUCUUCUGAUUCCAAGGUCGUUCAGCUUUCGUAGUAUUAUAUUGUGCGACACUGUGUCGAAAGCUUUAGUGAGAUCGACAGACAGUAUCCCCACAAAAAGCUUCCUUUCUAUUGCUUCUCUCCACCUUUCUGUUAGGUAUUUUAAAAGCUGUUCUCUGUUGACUUUCCCUUCAUAUAAGCCCAUUGCCUGUCUUCAAGUAAAUUUUGCGUAACCAAGUGAUUAGUGAUAUUAGUUGCGACGCAAAAUUCCAUUAAUUUACUGUCUUGGUAUGCUGAGCAUAGACGGUGGUCUGUAACAUGUUCUAUCUUCCUCUCGUCCUCCUUUUGAACGCCGCACUGACGCUAGCAAUUUUCUACUGGUCUGAUGACUUGCAGGCUUUAACACUGUGUUCAAACACGCUCGUGAGGGAUGGGGUAAUAGACAUACAUGCAUACUUUAAAAGACGCGCGGAUACGCCAUCUAGCCCUGUAGCUUUCUUCACUAGAACCAUUCGUAUUCACAGCCAGAGCAUCACUUCUAAAUGCAAGGCUGAACCUUACAUAACCACUGAAUUCAAUUUCUAUCUAACGUGUAGUGAGCUCAAUAGCUCGUUCAAAAUACGUUCGUGCUAACAGAAAAUUGUUUUAAAUGUCUUAUUUAUAUUUACCCUAUUUACCCUCGGCAGUAUUUAUAGCACUAAUGCUAGUGGGGUUGAGGAAAUGCCUGAGACAAAUAAUCUAAAUCAAACUUAACAGGUUUAAGAAUCCCAAAUGGCUGGAGGCAAACUAGCUGGCUAUUUACAAGUGUGGCCCGGGAUUUGAACCCGGAACGACCGAGAACAAAUCCAGCUAGCGGUCAGAGCGAGUUUUGAACUCGGGGCCUUGCGAACUGCAAGUCUAGCGCUCUUAGACCUCAAACAACUCGUUCACACUGUGGCUUCAACAGCACGCCCUCGUAGAUAAACUAUUAGAUACCAUCAUGAUAUUGCAUUCUGUUUUGCUGAAUAAUAGAUUGCUCAAUGAGAAUCACCUUCAGUCAAUCAGUGGUGAAGCUUUCAAAGCCCAAAGACAGCUUGAUAUAUUGUAAGUAUGGUCCGCUUUACUGAAAAGACGUUAUGAUGACCCACCCAAGGAAGAGUAAAGAAAGUAGUUACCUCGUAUUGUUAGAACUUUUAUAGAGAACGAAAAUCCAUUAUGAAUAAUCAAGGCACACUGAGCACAGGUAAUCAUCAUAUGACUGUGAUAAUGGUGUAAGUACUACGGUAGUACUUACACCAUUAUCACAGGUAACCAUGAGUAUUUCGAACGAAACAUGGCAAAUUUUAAAAAUACUUGGAAGGAAUUUUAACGUACAAAGCACUAGGUUAGAGUAACAUAAGCGUUCGAUCGUUUUUCAGAUUUGGCGUAAAACUGUGGAAUGAGAUAACGUGUAGCUUGCGAAAUCUACACACGAAGGAAUUUAAAAGAGAAAUUCGCCAACUUCUCCUAGAUUUUACCGAUUCCAUCAAUUUUUAUCGGAAGAUAUAUCUGUUCUUCUGUUCAUCCAAAAUUGAAACUGAUUUCAUGCAAACAGUGAAUUUGUUGACAAUUGAGUUGCAAUUGAAAGUCGAAGGAUAAAACAAUUUAUUAUCACUUUGCUGCUGCCCUUUCAAAAUAGCCUCAGUUCCGCGUGUAGUAAAAACGAAAUCGACAAAAGUCGUUAGCAAGCAAGUGAUUUUAUCGAUUGAUAACGGAAAACGGUGAAUUUCGGGCAUCCCUUUGACCCUAGAGGAUGUCUAAAAUUCCGGCUGGGAAAUCUUUUAUCAUAAGAUUGUAUUUUUCCUGGUACUUGCUUGCGAGAACUGCGCAUGUAAUUAUAAAACCGAACCGUUUCUGUUAUUAUGUACAAAAGGGGCACGGUUUUAGAGAGAAUCUUGUCUCUGUAAUGGUUUCCACAUUUCUAAUUUUCACGUUUGUUGAUCAGUUGUUACUCGUGGAUGUGUUUUCUCAGCUGUACUUAUGCCAAAAAACAACAAUCUCGGACUUUACCGUUAUAAAUCGUCAAAAUCAUGAAAAAUCGAUAACAUCGAUUUGACAGAGCAAUUUAGUUUAUCGGUUUUCACCGAUUUCCGUUAUCAAUCGAUAAAAUUACUUGAUUGCUAUCGAUUUUUAUCGAUACCGAUUUUUAUCGAUUGACUACUCCGGGGAGAAAAUGACUAUAUAUCAGCACCUAUCAUCAUACAAAAAGAUGGACUGGCUAUAUAAUUAUGAUUAGGUCAUCAAAGUUUCAACUGAUUUUUCUCUCGAGCCUUUAACGUUAUCGCUUCCUUAAUUCUUUCUUUAUGCAUUAAUAUUAAUUUAAAUAUAUCUAUGUAAUAAUAUAUAUUUAAAAAAGUUAAACCCUAACCCUUAGUUGUUCCUCUGUCCCCCUGAGAUUAGCUUUUGCUACCUGCAGGACAGUGUAAUUAAUUAAAUUAAUUCUCACGAUAAAGUUAUGUUGACGAUGAUCAUGUUUAACAGUAUGACGUCACAUUUCGUGUCAGUGACUUUCAAAAUGGCGAACAAAGUGUUGGUCGAAGUGAUGGGUAAAAAUUUCGAAUAUCUCACGGAUAUAUUGCUCCAAUUUCUUAGAUUUGACAGCCCCUAUUGUCGCGAUCCCGAUUUGAGAUCCCUAUUGUCAUAGAACACCAGUGUUUGUACUUUGUUUGGAUGAAACGUCCAGUGGUUUAACGAAUUUUAAAGAUUCCUUUCUAUCGGCGGGCAAAUUUUCAGAGAAUUCAUAUCGACCGGUCACACUUUUAAGGGCCGGUGCACGGCGACAUUGAGUAGUUCGGACACAGCAAUAGGAAGUUCAUCAAAAGAUAAACUAGGCUUUAAGUGUGUAUAGGUUAGCUUUUCAAAGCCAAUGGAUCUCCAAUAAAUUUCGCUUCACCCACAAAACCUUAUAUUACCAGAGACAAAUUUUAACAAUUAAAUGCAGCAAACUGUUUUUUUUAAAGUAAAUACCAAACAGUUUUCAAAAAUGUCUUCAAGCGCAACACCACACGAUGACAACAGCAAAACAACUGUAGCAACAGCAGCAAGCUCGAAGGAUUGAGCAAAAAGCAACAAUUUAUAAGCAAUUAGCGCUUUAAAAGAGAAAUCAAAACUACCACACAAUCAGUUACUCAAAAAGCCAAUUAAACAGCGUAAAAGCCCAGAAAAUAAACCACAUAAGAAACCAAGGUUACUAAAAUACGGUAUCCUAAAAACCUCGCAACGCUUGAAAGGGUCAGCAGUAAGAUUAAAGGGAAACAAGCCAAAGAGGAAAACUGGAUUAAAAAAACUAAAACUAAACCAAAAAUACAGCAAAGUAACAGAAAACACUCCAGGAGUCGAAUCUACUUCAUCUGCACGAAAAGGCAACUCAAAGACCACUGCACCAUGGUGCCACUCAUUUUGUGAUUAAGUAACUUUGUUAUAUCAAAACCAUUUCGUACCGGCGCGAGUUUCAUACCGGGAUGACUUUUCGAUUUUGCAUCGUGUUUACAUGAUGACAGGGUCAUUUCAUAUCUUGUUAUUUGAAUGUACAGUUCAUGUUGAUAAAAUACACAUGUGCUUCAAAAUCGCAAACAUUACGCAUGCGCUACCCAGUUCCAGUCUACCGGCAGACCGAUUUCAUACCGAAACGGGUAGUCAUUUCGCGUUUCCAUGAUACCGUUGCGAGAUUUCGUACCGGAGUGAAAUUCUUGCCCCAGUACAACAACCAGGGUGAGCUCACGCCGGGGUGACUCGCGCUUAUGAAACCGCGCUAGCAUGACAUUUUGUGGUGGUGUCAUGUAAACAAAUAUAGAGCCAUGAGAGGGAACUGGAGUGAACUCGCCCCGGUGUCAUGUAAACACCCCCUUAGUGUAAGCUGGUACUUCGUUUAACAGGCAAAAUGAAAAUACUUUUAGUUUUGUAGCUGAAUUGUAUUAUCACAAAUAUUUAGAAAGGUUUCCUUUCAACUUCAGACGUAGAUGACAAGUGGCUUUCAGUGAAAAUAUAGAAUGCGUUCGUACAGCCACAGCCAGCAAUCAAUCCUGCAAACAUCCAUUUCUGAAAUACCCUUAGAGAAAGGAUUAAAACGAUACAUGUCUGCAAAAAUGUUCGAGGGAGCGGGAAAUGGAUAUUUACUUUGUACUGGACUAUAAGGUCCUAGCUGAAGAUCCAUUCUUCUAAUUUAUAUUCAAGAUCUUACGAACUAGUCCAAGAGAGAGAAAAAUUGGACCUGUCCAGUUACUUUCUCUUAAUCCGCUCAAGUGGCUCACAAACUCAGGGAAAGUUUCUCGUCUUACAAUGUAUUUCAAGGACUGAUUGGUCAAUUGAUUACUGGCGUUUCGACUAGCAGCUUUUUAUAUACUAACAUACACUCACGCAAUUCAUACCUUUAGAGUGCUUUCAGAUAAUCCUAUCAAGACUAUUGGGCAUCGGGCUUUCAGUAUCCCAGAGAAACCACAUAAGAAGGUCUUGAUGUAAGUAUAAGACGAUUUGUAUUGUUUAUGAAUGGCUCGUAACUUUCGCUCAAGUAGUAGUAGUUAGUAACAGUAGUAGCAGCAAAGCUUUAUUUGAAAUCGGGUAGAAGAGUAGCACAUAAGCGCUAGUAUCUCCUAGAGAUACCUUUAAUCACGCAGAAUAAUGUCAAAUUAUAAAAAAUAUUAUAUGUCUGUCUGGAUUUGAUAAAAGGCACCUCCAGAAAUUUUUAGCAACAGUCUCAUUUGAGGCUUGUUCAGUACUUGACCAUCUUUUUUUUAAUGAUCGUUUCAGUACGAAAACCCCCUUAAAAGCUGCAGUAGAUCAAAAAACAUGUGUUUAAUAUGCUGUUUACAUCUUCCGCACCCCCGCCCUCGAAGCUCUCCCCUACCUAUCAUUUCCCAUAAUUCUCUCCUUGUCAUAAAACACUAUGACAUUUGAAAUCAGCGCGCGCGGUAGAAGUUGUUUUUCGUGGUCGGUUAAUUUUCUAGGUUUCUCUUUGGCCGCCUGUAGCAAAGUUUUCCGGAAGGCAUCAUUAAGCCUUCUGAAGGAACAAGUCUCACGAAUGGCAAGGUCUGCCAUCGUCCAAUAUGCUCCCGUAUUUCGUCUCAUUUUGGCUAAACGUGUGAAACACUGAUCUCGGGCUUGAGACGGAAAGGCAUCUUAUUGCUAGCUUUGAUGUGGGCGGUGACGAGUCUCUAGCCUCAAAAAGUAGCUUUUAGGGGUCAAACCUAUUCGGCGAGAGCAAAAUUGAUGCUGAUUUCUAACCAGGCCAGAGACUUAGUAAAAAUUGGUUUUGAAGGCCGGCGUCCAUGUGUCCCUUUCAAAACGGCUCGUCUACAUCCGGGAUCUUGAAUAAAUCGACUGUGUCAGCAAAGUUUACAUGUGAUGAUUUAGUGGAGAAACAGAGAGUUAUUGAGAGAGAGUAAUGUGAUGAUAUUUCGCCCGUAUUAAGUGUGGACACAUUUUGUCUGGUUGGUUGUGGAUAGUUUUAUCAGUGCCACGAACGUGGUUAAUUGUGUGAUUUCCUGAAGUUGUUGUCAGACAGGUUUCAGGUAUGUCGUGGCGCUCGUGUUAUAAGAAUAUUGUGUACAAGCAUGAAAACGCUUUGUAAGUGUUUAGUUGAAGUGAUUUUGUCUUAGACAACCGAUUGCGGGGUCAAGAAAGGUGGAUUCUAGAUCUGUUUUAAUCGGGCAUCUCGCUAUGAGCCUCAUAGUUUAAGAGACUGAAAGGUCAUUAUGUGUGUGCUUUUAAAUGUUGUUCAUUUCGUUACAAAUCUGUCACUUUUGCCAAGAGCAACUUUUCGUGUGUUGCCAGCGAUUAAUUCGUCCGUUUUAAGCCGUAACUAGCGACUUUCAACUGCUUUUAAUUGGCCUCAAGGGUCAAAUUGUUAAAACGUACUUGAAAUUUCUGGAGGUACGUUUUAUCAAAUCCAGACAGAUUUAUAUACAUGCUAAUCAAAAAAGUAAGAAUAAGUAAUCAAGCUAGCUCACAAAGUUCAGACAAAGUUCAGUUUGUAAAGUGAGCCAUAGUAGCGGUAGCUCUAAGAUCAUGAAGAUGAUGUGAACUGCCAAAAUACAAAUUUUGAAUGAAGAUUUGAUCGUCGCAAUGGUUAUUGCAAGUUAAGCGAUUGCAAAUAAACCCAAAAAAUUUUGCGGGACUUCAACGGGACUCGAGCUCAUGGCCUCUGCGUUAGCGCUGCAGUACUCUUCCAUUGAGCUAUGAAGACCCCAUCCUCGGAGACCUAGGGGGGAUGUCCGGCCGGGAGAAAAGGCGCGACGAACGUUUUCAAGCAUGGGAGGAAAAGCCCCUGGGUACCGACUCUCACCGGACCAUUUCCAAACAGUCAAGCAAAUGCUGGCUCCUUAUUGGGCACAAAAAAUGCUUUGUAUUAUUGUGCCCAAUCGGCGAACAGCAUCUCCUGAGUUCUUUUUGUGAUUUCAUACACGACGGCUAUUCACUCGAUAACGGCUUGUCUGGCUCAUGUACCAAAGAAAUGCACGUAGUCAGGAAACUUUCAGUUUGAUAAAAACUCUUCAUUUCAAAAUAGUGUCUACCCGAAAACUAAAGACGCUUUUCCAAAAAUAUAAGCUUGAGCUUACAACGGGUAAUCAAGCUUGUAUCGAUCACGCCUUCGUAAAUAUUAGGGAGUUUAAGAUGCCACGAUAGUUGACAGCCACGAAAACGUCGCAUGAAAAGUGAACUCAGAUUUUUUUCAGUCUCUAUCGUGAUUAUUCCAACUCGCUUACGUUGUCAAAUGCAAGCGAACUCUUCUGGAGCUGAAUUUCUAUCAACCAUAUUCAAGUUCAUAAAGAGAAAGAAAAUUCUUUCAUUGCUUGUUUCCGUCCUUCUUAAAACGUGAAAUUAGGCGUUUUCAAGUGGUAGUCGAGCAGUGGAGACAAAGAAAUUACAAAAAAGCGUUAUGCACGUGCAAAGUUGUUGUUUUGCCUUGUCAAUUGCUUUUUUUACUUUCUCGUUGCUGCUGCAUCUUAAACUUCCUACUAUUUACGAUACAUUGUGAUCCGUCAGAAACAGAAUUGUCUCAGUGCAAAAUGCUCAUGCUGAUAGCAUCCUUCGUUUCUGGUUAGAAAAGCUUGGUGAAUGAACCGGGCAACUGUGGCGAGAUAAUAGCCCUCGUGUAAGAAAUCUCGAAAAGAACUCAGGAGAAACUGUUUGCCGAUUGGGCACAGUAAUACAAAGCAUUUUUUGUGCCCAAUCAGGAGCCAGCAUUCGCUUGACCGUUUGGAAAUGGUCCGGUAAGAGUCGAUACCCAUGGGCUCUUCCGCCCAUGCUUGAAAACUUUCGUCGCACCUUUUCUCCGGGCCCGACUUACUGUCCCUGGGUCUCCGAGGAUGUGAAGAGCCACACGUUGACAGCAGACCAAUUUUUUGAGUUAAUCUUAACCCGUGAAAGGAAUGAGACAUAAAGAUGAUGCGAACUGCAGAAAUACAAAUUUCAAUGAAGAUAUGAUCGCCAUAGUGAUUAUUGUAAUGUAAGUUAGCGCUGCAGUGCUCUACCAUUUGAGCUAUGAAGACCCACACAUUGGGAGCAGGUCAAUUUGCUGAGUUUAUCUUAACUCGUGAAAGGAACGAGACAUGAAGAUCAUGGGAACUGCGGAGAUACAAAUUUUGAAUAAAAUUAUGAUCGUCGUCUUAACUAUUUUAUAGUUUGUGUGCUAAAAAUUUGAAAGAGGGUGUGCCAUAAAAGGUGGUAUUGACACGUGGCAACUGUGAACUGUUUUUACCUUUAAGCUGGUUGCUAAUUCAAGGUACAAGUAGCGCUGAUAUGUAAGUAGGUGUGACAGCUUGAAAGGACUUCAAAAGAAUUAACAUUAAGUAAUAAUUAUGGGAACAAAUAGUAGUGGUAAUACAGUAGAUGAUACCAACAAACGUUAAAGGUAAUGAAAACAUUUCAGUUAACUUUUCGUUCUUUGCAGCUUCAUGAUUCGCACUCAGUUAAAAGCAGUGAGCCUCAAAGUCUUGUCUUUUCAUGAUUUCUGUAACCUAAAUUCCGUCAUGUAAGUACGAUUGGUAUAUUAUCAGAACUGUUGUAGAAAUUGGCCAAAUACAUAACAGAGGGAGUUCUGCAUCUUCCUUAGCAAUAGCCCCACAAAAUAUGUAAGUAUAAGGAUGUAUAUGAUAAACAUAUGCACUCGCUGUCAUUUUAUCAGGAAUGACACUCGUUCACUGCGCUCACUCUUUCAAUUUAGGAUACGUUAAUAGCUUGCAAUUGUGCAACACCGUACGAGCAAACUUUUCAUGAAGUUUUCUAUAUAAAACUCAAUUAUUGGUGUCCUUGAUAUCAGUUGCUUCGCUCGUAGGGAAUCGGGCUUUGAUAUCAAUAAGAAAGACUUAACUAUCCACUUUUCGUUUUCUUUUGUAGAACCAUGAAUGAUGGUAAAAUUGGUACCAUGAAAGUUUUGGAUUCAUUUCAACGAGAGCGCUGCACUAUUUAUCUGUUCGUAACUUUCUUUAAUACCGUAACAAAUAUUCUAAUAUGCGGUUGCAGUGUCUUUGACCUUCAUUUACUGAGUUACUUUAGCUUCAUGCAUCAACCCGAUGUAAACUAUACUGAAGAGAUGAAGUUAAAUUUUGCCGAACCCAUUUUCUCAACUCGCAUCGUGAGGUAUAGGUGAAUCUGGUUUUUUGUCCCUUUUCUGUCUCUUUUUUUCAUAUACUUAUUAUUCUCUGGUCAAACGUUUAUAAAUAUCACCCGUCUUGAUGUUGAAAGGGCGUUGCGAUAGAAGUCGAACCUCUCAUAAGCGACCACCCAAAAAGCCAAGCUAUAGUGGUCGCUAACGAGAAUCGAACCAAAAGUGGGGGCUUCCGAAAAGAGGGGUGGACACAUCUACCUUUUGGAAGGGAAUCUUUGCGGGGAACUUCUAAGGUACGAUGAGUGUUCUCCCAUUUGAUUCAAGUUCUUGUUAUUCAGAUCACGUGCAUGAUUUUAGACCAAAUUGCACUUCAUUCAGUUCCAUUAUUAAGUUAGUAGGGAAAUGAAAAUCACGAAAAGAGUAACAGAUUUAAGAAAGUCCAUAAAGGGAUUUCGAGAAGAUGGCUUGCUUACUGAAUGUACGAUGCUACAGAAAUCUUAAAGAAAGUGAAUGUCUGGAACUCUUUGGAAAAUGCACGUCUUAAAACCUGAUGCGAAUGUGCGGCCGUAUCGACCCACAGAGAUCCAUGCAACGUUUCACAGAGUGGGGGAUUUUCGCUUACGAGAGCAGGUCGCACAUGAUGGUUCGACAAUAUUAGUUAUCUUUGAGCAUUUGAGCCCAAUAUAUUAUACAGAAUAGCUUCAUUUAAAAGCUUGUUAACUCAUUUGCUUCCCUCUUUGGCAAUUUUGCAGAUUUUGAUGACUGCUAUUUCUUUGGAUAUUACGUAGAUAUUACUUGCAAAAACCUGAAAAUUCCACAGAUUGCCGGCUACGUUUAGCAACCUCGGCUUUAAACUUGUGAACUCAAUCUAGAUAUGUCUUCUUUCUUUAUUUCAUAUAAUUAUGAGAAUAUGUCUGGCCGAUUUUUUGAAAAGCAACCUAACGAAAUUUGCAGUCAUUUGAGUGAAAAAGCGUCAAAAGGCAGGUUUCUUAAGCCCGAGAAGCUCCAAAAUCAUAGUAACGAAGGAAAAAGAAAGGAGAUAACGAAAGAGCGAGGAGAAGGAAAGGAGAAGAAGAAAAAAAGCAAUGGUUGCACUCUUAGUUUAUAUAAUAGCUACUUUGAAGUUUUUGGACGAAAAAAUUGCUCGACGCAAGAGGUCCAUUUGGCGAUAACGUUAUCAAAAAUCCGGCUAGAUGUAUAAUUAAGUAAUUAAAAGUGCAGUUACUAAAAACCAUCAAAUAAUACAAAACACGUUCGAUCAGUAAGAUGUACCGAUCUUUUGAACGACCUUAAUGUCAAUUUCUUACAUUUUAUAAAAGUUUUUUACUGAAACAUUUAUAUCUUUCAAUUUAGCGGCUUGGGUCAAGAUAACUCUACUUCCCUUGACCUUCGGAAAUAUUCGGGCAACCACACAGCACUACGCGAUUCAUUUAAGCGAGCUGGUUUUGCGGAUGCAACUCUCGAUGAGUACAAUUUACGACCAUGUCCGCUUGGUACUUUUGUCAAUGCAAGUCGUCUAGAAUGCGUCGAAUGUCCUGCAGGUAAAAUAUAUAUUGUGUUACAUGAUUAUUAUUAGAGCUUUUUCUUGUCUUAUGGGUGAUGAUUAAUUUAAAUCACAAACAGCAGUGGUAGAAUUCGAGCGCGAAUUAAGCGCUAAUAAUUUUAAAAUUGAUGAAACACUUGCUGUAAGAUUUUUCAACAUUUUCAAAACCGUCACCGAGUUACAUUAUUUUAUUUCUAUUGUAUUGCUACUAGAAAACUAUUUAUUUAAUAGUUUUCUCUUUGUAAAAAUCUGUUGUGACACAUUGUGAGCUGAAUUUAUCAGUUAAACGGUCUACUUGCCUUUGAAUUGCCCGAGAAGAAUGUCAACAAGAUGGCUGGAUAUUAAUUGGCCUUGUUCUUUCUUUCUGGUGUUUUACUGACUUCGACAAUAGAGAAGAUAAGCAUCACGUUUACGUCUAACGGCAAACGCGAAUUUGAAUCACGUGACUAAGUUUCCCAACAACAACAUAAAAAGGUCAAAGCUUGUGGGGUCGUGUAAAAGCAAUUACAAAUGAAUAUAGAACUAUAAUAAAAAUAGGGAAAACGUUACUUACAAAAUACAACUACAACAAAAACUCUAAAAAUAUACAGUAAGAUUUUAAAAAAGAUACAAUGUUAAAAUGAAUUUACAUUAGUUACCACUAAGUAAAUUGACUACAGCAUUUAAAAUAUAAAACAGUUAAAAACAUUUAAACUCUUGGUAGUGCUCAGGCAGCGACUGGACCGACUGUGCGCUAAAAUCAAGUUCCUUAAAAUAAGAGUCCUUCUUCACUUUGCGAUAAAAAACAGUAAACUGGCCGGUAAGAUGAGUCGAGAACCGUGUUUCAAAGAAUAGCGUCUCUAUAGCUAAUAGAGUUUUUAAGAUACUGCGAGUGAAAACGCUGGACAAUUUUGUUAUUACUACUUCUGAAAUUGUACGCAGUGCAAGAUUUAUUUGUCAAGUAUGAUAGAGCCGCAGGUGCUAAACCGAUAAAAACGCUAUGGAGUAGUUUAAUUAAUUAAUAAUUUUAUAAUAUAAGGUUAAAGUAUUCCAAUUCAAAUUUCUGUAUAUUUCAUCAGUAGGCACACCGCGGGGCAAGUUGUAUAUUAUUCUGGCUACCCUACAGUCAAGUACUUGCAGUGAAUGUAGAAGGUCCGCAUUAGGGCAUCCGCCCCAAAACAACCAAGUCCAUACAAAAAUGAUGGUAAUAUUAUCUUGGAGCACAAGUCCAAUAGGGCGUUUCUGCACAAGAACAAACUCCUUUUCAGUAGGUUCAGUUUGUUUACAAAAUUCUCUUUUACAUCUGUAAUGUGAUGUGACCAGGAAAGCCUGUCAUCGAUAGUAACGCCCAAAAGACGAGUGUGUUCCACUCGAUCCGAUCCUCUCUAAUAGACACAGAAUUUAGCCGCCCGAAGUGCGGUUUUCUCAUCAAUAGCAUAGCUUCGCACUUUGCCGAGUCAGGAGUUAAAGAGUUCUCUAGGCACCAACUGUUCAGUUCCGACAAAGCUUUAUUUAAAGAAGUGACAGUGUUAUUAACAGUGUCCCCAAUGCAAUAAAUGGUGGUGUCAUCCGCUUACAUAAAGACAGAGCCAGAGGUAACAGCACUUGGUAGGUCAUUGGUGUACACGGUGAACAACGUUGGGCCCAGCACUUUCCCUUUAAUUGUCGUUUACUUUUCAUUAUUGCUGCGGAGCGACCGCAGGGAGCGAGCAGCAACAUAAUCAGAAUUUAAAGGAAAUAUAUAAGGGGCGAUGAAUUCUCGAAUUCAUCACUUUUUACCACAAUGCAUUGCACUUAACCACACUUUUUACCACAAUGCAUUGCAUUUAACCAGAGUGCAUUGCGCCACGGACAACUCAAAUAAAAACACGUGGAAGUUCGCAUCGUUCGCUGCCCAAACUCAGAGUUUUCUUUGUAGGAAAUUUUCUACAGCACGGUUAGAGGUCUUACCAAAUUUAAGACACGCAGGAGUCUUUCAGAUGAGUACGAUGGUUAACUUGGGGAUUGGUUUUUAAUUCAAGAGCCUUUAACUCAUCCACGUGUUAAACCUGACGAGAAGAUGAGCAUUUGCUCUUCGACUCUGCAACACGGGGUAUAUACAAAUUCCAGCUUCCUAGAAGGUGAUGUGAAAGUAAGAAAAUGUCAUGCCAUGCUAUUGUUAAGAACCUGUAUGAGCCGAAAAUGGAUGUGAUUUUGACCAUUCGCUUCAAAAUAACAGCGGAAAUCGAGAUAACAAAACAUAUGUUUUGUGUCCUACGUUACAGACGAGGACGUGUAUCGGCGUUUUGAAAAGCAUAAUUAUGUUCUUUCAUUCAUUCAUUGCCGUGGAAUAUGCGUUUACAUUGUUUUGUACUGUUAAUAGCUCGAUUAAUGUGGCUGGCGAUCAUCUUGCCGGCGGAAGUUUCAUGGAAAAGGCAUUAAAUUAAAGACUGUUCCCAGAAGUACCUGUGCAGUCUCUUUGGUGUAGUGGAUAGGUGUAGUCGCGUCGGGCCGAUGGUGCCGGGUUCGAAUCCUACUUAACUCUUUUUUUCCUUCUUUCUUUUUUUUCCGUUUUUUGUGUUGUUGUUUUCUAUAAAUAUAUAGCUAUAUAACUGUUACUUAAUAAAGUGCAAUAAACAGCAAGAAAAGUAUCGUGUUUCCAGAGAAAAGAUAGUACACCGUAUAUUAAAUAUAUCGAUAAACAAUCUGAAUUUCUAUCAUUUCCUACAAUUUACUGUGGGAAAACCAGAGUUGAUAACCACUUGAUCAUUUUCUAAACAACGUUCCCGCGAGUUCUCUCUAUAGACUGAGAGUAAUUAUUCUAGUACUUUCCAACAUGGAAAUGGGACAUUCAAUGUCAUUUUCGAUUACUUUAAGUCCCAUUGCCUAACUAAUGCCAGUAUCAACAGAAUGUGCCGCAGCAUUACUAUCUUUUAGAUACCCUAGUUUCAACACAUGAAUUAGUAGUUUCAUGCAAUUUUUUAUCCAUAAGAAUUGUUUGGAGCUGUUUUUAUCUGCUCAUUUUCUAUUUUGAGAAAUUCUAAACCUGAACCUGACGUUUGCCGUUUGCCGUAUACGUGAUGCUCAAACUCCCUUUUGUCUCUAUUCAUAAAAACGCAAAAACUGUUACUAACUUCCCCAGUAUCCAGCCAGCCGCAUUUAUUGGACUCUUAAUACGACCAGAUGCUAGCUUUUUUUCCUUAUGCCAUGCAGUAGUAAAGUACGCCCACAGAAACCAAUCAUACUACGGGAAUUCUACCUUAUUUGUAGGUCAUGGAAUUUAAAAAGGAACGUCAGACCAAAACCCAAGGAUUUUGCAACCCGGCAGUUUUACCCCAAACUAACUACUUUUUGUCGGCUGCGUAGAUCCAUUUUGGUCAUAUUUUGGGACUACAAAAUUAAAUUUAUUUCAAGGACUCUUUCACUCUGAUUACACUUUCUUAUAGGAGGCUUCUAUUCGGAUACCAUAGCGUUUGUCAAUGACAGCUGCCUCAGAUGUCCAAAUGGAACUUUUGUCCCAUACAAUAUGGCGCCUGGCAAGAGCGCCCGUGAGUGCAUUGCUUGUCCACAAGGUAGGCAUAUUUUAUAG